ACUGGCAGGAAUGACUACUUACCGGAAGUGAGGUGGCCUUUCUCGAGAGCAAGCGAAAAAUAAACACGUAGCCGUCAAGUGGCUACGGCUACAAGAGCCCUGGGAAACACAGGAUUGUUUUUAGAUGGAAGGCUAGAAACGAGACGCAGCUAUUCGAAGCUAAACGCAACAUAGGCCAUCUGUCUAACGGAUAAAUAGCGGAUUCCUGCGGCAGUAGUCCAAGAUGGUGCGAGCCGCUCUAGUGACAGCCACCAGUUUGGCACUUACUGGCGCUGUGAUUGCCCAUGCCUAUUUCCUCAAGAACCAGUUCUACCCGACGGUGGUAUACAUCACCAAAAGCAGCCCUAGUAUGGCAGUUUUAUACAUUCAGGCUUUUGUGUUGGUAUUCCUUCUGGGGAAAUUAAUGCGCAAGGUCUUUUUUGGCCAAUUGAGAGCUGCUGAAAUGGAGCACCUGAUAGAGCGCUCCUGGUAUGCAGUGACUGAGACCUGUUUGGCUUUCACAGUGUUUCGAGAUGAUUUCUCACCUCGCUUUGUGGCCCUUUUCACUUUGCUUCUGUUCCUCAAGUGCUUUCAUUGGCUGGCUGAAGACAGGGUUGACUUUAUGGAAAGGAGUCCAAAUAUCUCAUGGCUCUUCCACUUCAGAGUUCUCUCUCUAAUGGUGUUGCUGGGAGUGUUCGACUUUCUAUUUGUCAAUCAUGCCUGUCAUAGCAUUAUAACAAGAGGCGCAUCAGUGCAGCUGGUGUUUGGCUUUGAGUAUGCCAUUCUGAUGACAAUGUUGCUCACCACCUUCAUCAAGUACAUGUUACACACAAUUGACCUGCAGAGUGAGAACCCAUGGGACAAUAAGGCUGUCUACAUGCUGUACACUGAGCUCUUUACAGGUUUCAUCAAGGUGCUCUUGUAUAUGGCGUUCAUGACCAUAAUGAUAAAAGUGCACACCUUCCCUCUGUUUGCAAUUCGGCCCAUGUAUCUUGCAAUGAGGCAAUUCAAGAAGGCAGUAACAGACGCCAUCAUGUCUCGACGAGCCAUUCGUAAUAUGAAUACUCUCUAUCCAGAUGCCACCCCUGAGGACUUGCAAGCCACUGACAAUGUGUGCAUUAUCUGUAGAGAAGAGAUGGUGACAGGAGCCAAGAAACUUCCCUGCAACCACAUCUUUCACUCAAGUUGCCUUCGCUCAUGGUUCCAGAGGCAGCAGACAUGUCCAACAUGUCGUAUGGAUGUUCUCCGAGCAUCCCAGCCAAAUCAGACUCCUGCCCCACCUCCUCCACAGGCACCAGCCCCUGCUGCUCCUGCUAAUGUACCUCCACCUGUCAACGUCGCCCCAGGUAUGAUUCCUCAGUUUCCUCCAGGACUUUUUCCGUUUUGGGGUCCCUUCCCUGGUGCACCUCCACCUCCUGCUGCCCCAGGUGGUCAAGCAACCACUAACACUCCACAGGCCAGUGCAGAUGGAACGCAGACACAGGGAGCAGAAUCAGGAGCCAGCAGCUCUACUCAGCCUAUUGCAGAAAGUGCCUCUGCUGCUCCUGGAGCAAUGCCCGGUUUCCCCUUUUCCAUGCCACCGCCUUUCCCAUCAUCUCCAUGGAUGCCGAUGCCUCCACCUCCACCCUUUAUGUCUUCAAUGCCGCCUCCUCCAUCAACUCUGUCCACCAUGUCAGAGGCUGAGCUCAGAGAACUGGAGCAGGAGGGCAGGCAAGGUUUGGAAGCCAGGCUGCAGUGCCUUCACAACAUCCACACACUGCUGGAUGCUGCCAUGCUCAACAUUCACCACUACCUCAGCACGGUGGCUACAUUAAGUCCUCCUAGAUCAGAAGCCAACACUAGUGAGACUAGUGCAUCAGCUAAUAUGGAGUCGUCUUCCUCCAUGGACAACACUGAAAUCCCCAGUCAGGAGACUGAGGCUCAAACCAUUGGAUCUGCAAAUGGAGCUACAGGCAUUUCUCAAGCAGACUCAACCACAGGAGGGGACAAAGAAAGGAAGGAGGAAGAGUGUGACAAAGACGACGACGACGGCGAGCCGAGUGCAGCGGAGUUGAGGCGGCGGCGCCUCCGCAAGCUGGAGACGGCGCAACCUCCUGACCACUGAUAACAAUGAUCUAUUAAAAUAUGCAAUUGUGACAAUUCAGACAUUAGCAAUGCUUUUCAAUGACUCUCUUGGGCACUUGGCAUGCUGAGAUGUCAACUAAUCAGAGAAAAGCUUGUGUUCUUAGAUGUUAUUUAAGAGCGGCACAUCAAGACCCUUUCUGCUGUACGUUGGAUUCGUUAAGUGAACUGGUUUCUGGAUAAUGAUGCGUGAAGAUAAAGGAUCCUAAUAAGUCAGCUGUCACAUUUGAAUCAAGUAUUGCAUAUUGGCAGACUUUUGAAUGUGAUUUGUAUCAGAGGACGAGUGUUCAAAGAUCAAUGAAGUCUGUGGAUUUUUUUUUUUUGUGCCCUUAAAAUUUGACGUUUUCUCUUCUUUUGUGUAUUUUCAUUAUUUCGAGCUCAACAUAAGCAAUUUUUUUUUUUCUUUAGGUUUAUUUUGGUUAUGGGUGAGAUAUGACCAUGAACCAAACAUUGGUGUAAAUGCAACACUACAAAAUGUAUAAAAUAUUUUAAUAGGAGGAUCUGUAAAUGGUGCACAAUAAACUAUUCAAAACAGACAUUCA